AUGACAGAUGAUGUACAACCAAUAAAUGAGAUUAACUCAACUGAUAACAAUGAUAAUUCACCAUUAUUCAAUUCAACAUUUGUUCAAGAAUUAACAAAAAUUAUUGAUUUUGAACAAUUUGAUGUUGGUUUAAAAUAUUUGACAAAUGAAACUCAUCAUCAACAACUUUAUGAAUCGACAUGGGAUCUAUGUUCUUAUUUAUGUCAUUUAAUUCAAAUUCCAUCGUCAAAAUUAUGUAAUGAAUAUGAAUUAUUUUGUGAAGAUGGUCUUUUGCAUUUAGCUCAUCAUGGUAAUGCACGUGAAAUGUACAUUGUUCUUCUUGAACAAACCGAUGCAUUUAUAACUGAUCAUUUAUAUCAGUUAUAUAUGAAUUUAUUUUAUAUUCUCUUAACACGUUUACCAACAAAAAGAUUAGCAACAUCAAUUGAAGAUGUUUUAGGAAUUUUAAAAUGUCAUUUAUGUACAAUGGAGAUACCAACAAUUAGUUAUGAUUUUGAAGGAAAAGAUCUUCUUGUUUAUAAUCAUGAUAAACGUAUCACUCAUAUAUUAGAUUUAACUCAAUCUUAUAUUGAUUUUAUUAGUCAAUUAAAACAAAAUUUUAAAGAAGAUUUAGAUAUUUGUUAUGUAUUAUCAAAAGGUCUUUUGAGUUUAUUACAUGAACCAUUGCAUCUGUUGAGUUUUGAACCCGUUGAAGGAAAAGAAAGUAGUUGUCUAGUUGUAAUGAAAUUAUUUUUUAAAUGUUUAACAUCAAUGUAUCCAAAUCCAAUUCGUUUAUUAUUAAAAUUGAAUGACGAUUUAGCUAAAAAAUCAUCUAGUCUAAUUGAUCAACGUUCAAUAUCUGUUUUUAUCUAUUUUCUAUUUACAACGAGUCUCUGUUCAUUACCAUCUAUUUAUUCACCAUUUUAUUUAUUAUUAUUGGCAAUACCAGCUAUUCAUGAUAUGGGUGGAUCUGAUUUUUUAAAUACAGAACAAAAAAAUCAAAUGAUUUUAGUACAAAAAGCAUGUCGUUUAAUUUCAGUAUUAUGUCAUCAAUUAGAAACAACUGAAUUAGAUGAAACAUAUUUAGAUAAUUCAUCAUUACACUCUUUAAUUGAUGAUUUAAUGCAAUUAAUGGUUCAUUGUCCAUCACGAGAAUUGGCUCGUCAAACAAUCAAUAGUUAUCGUUCAUUAUUUUCUAGUUUUACUAAUGAAGGUCGUUAUGUAUUUUUAAAACAACAAUUAACUAAAACUCCUUAUCAUAAUGAUUCAUAUCGUACCUAUUUAGUUCAAUUAUUUAAAGAUGAUUUUCAUUCCGAUUAUAUUAAACAGACUUAUCGUUAUUCAAAUUUGAAAUUAUUCCAAUUACUUGAUCUAAUAUGUUAUCUACCUAAUGGCAUUGAAACAGAUCUGCUUGAAAUAUCUGAAUGUUUAUGCUCAGCAUUAAAUUUAUUAAGAUUUAUAGGACUAGUUGAUAAACAAACAGUGAAUAAAACGGGAAUAUGGAACUCAAAUUGGUUAAAAAAUAUUAGAAAAGUAUGGUUAGAACCGUUACGUAAAUCCAUUGAGUUGGCGCGUGCGCAUUAUAAAUUAGAAUUGAAUCAAAUGAAAGAAAAGGCACCAAAGAACAGUGGUAAUAUUCCUGAUUAUUCAUUAACAGAGACAUCUGUAUAUGUUCAAAAUGAAAAAUUAAAAAUGCCCAAUAAAUUUGAACAAAUAGAAACGAUGAAUUCGGCCCUAGUUAAAUUUGAAAUUUUAGAAUGUGUCAUUGUUAGAGUGAAUGAAAUAUAUGACAAUGAAGAAUGA